AGAGAAAGGGGUGUAGUUAGUCAGUAGAGUCAGAAGCGCGUGAGAUUCAGAGGGACGGAUGAGACAGCGGCGGGUGGAAGCAGGCUGAAAUUUGUUUUUGUAGAGAAAAGAAAGGAGUGGAGGCAGCAUUUUUGUGUUUUUGCAGAGUGUAACAUGUGGUUCAGUUGGGUGAUGCUGUUUUUCUGUCUCUCCAAAACAGAACCGGCCAACGUUUGGGAUCAACAGCAGACAGAUGCUUCGUACAGCGAGAUCCCGCAGCAGCGUGAAGAGUCGGCUGCUGCCGGCUACAGAGUUCAGACAUCUUCUUUGGGGAGAACAAGCCGUGCAGUUCUGGGUGGAGAACUAACAAUCAACACGUUGCCAAACAACAUGACACAUGUAGUGGAGGAUUCUGGCAAGUAUUACAUGUGGCGCAGGUUUGGACCUGAGGACCGGCGAACCCAGGACCUGUGGUUUGACAUGACAGACGUCCGACAUGGCCAAGUUAGAGUCCACAGCAUUCUGUCAAAUUCAUACAAACAGGCUGUGAGAGUCGCCUUGUCUUUUGACUUCCCUUUUUACGGACAUUUCUUGAGGCAGAUUACCAUUGCAACUGGAGGAUUCAUCUUCACUGGAGAUAUCAUUCACCGCAUGCUGACCACCACACAGUACAUCGCCCCUCUGAUGGCUAAUUUUGACCCCAGCUACUCUAAAGACUCCACUGUUCAAUACCUGGAUAAUGGAGAGGUGUUCGUGGUCCAGUGGGAGAGGGUUCGACUUCCAGGCAAAGAGUCAGCUGGAGCCUUUACGUUUCAGACUGCUCUGUAUAAAACAGGAAGAAUUUCUUUCAGCUACAGAGACAUUCCUCUGACACUGGAUGUGAUCGGAUCGGCCGAACAUCCAGUGAAGGCCGGAUUGUCAGAUGCCUUCAUGGUCAUGUCAUCCACGUCACAAUCACCAGAUGGAGCUCAUCAAACGAUCUAUGAGUACCAUCGAGUUGAAAUCGACAUGACAAAGAUUACCAAUUCAUCUGCUGUAGAGAUCACACCACUCCCCACUUGCCUCGUACAUGACAGCUGUGAGCGCUGCCUCUCCUCCAACCAAACGUCUGGUUGCAGUUGGUGUAACGUUCUCCAGAGGUGUUCAGAUGGAAUGGACCGUCACAGGCAGGAAUGGUUGGAUUAUUCUUGUUCGGAGGAGAGCAAAGACGCAACUUGUGAUGAUUACUUCAAGGAGGAUGGUUUCACAGCUUCUUCUGUUGCACCAAAAACAGAGGACACAACACCUUUAAUUCCAGAACAAAGAGACUGUAAAAGAGAUGAUGAGAUUUUCAUUAAGGGCAGCGAUGUGAAAACAGAGUCUUCAACCAAAAGUAAAGAAUUGUCUCACACUGGCAUCAUAGCGGGGAUAGCAGCCGCUCUGGUCUUACUCUUGGCUUUGAUUCUUGUCGCCAUUUGCAUCCAUUGCUAUCCCACCGGCUUAUCACCGCUCUACCUCACCCAGAGACGCAAAAGCUACUGGCCAUCCAUGAAGUUCCAAAAUCAGCGACCAGGUUACACAGAAGUUGAGGGAGAAAAAUACAGCAUCGUUGAAGCUGGACCAUGUUGAAAUGUGCAAAUCUGUGCAACCAUCUACGUUUUAAAUUGAAGCACUGUGACUUCUCCCCCCCACCCCCCCCCAAAAAAAACGUAUAAUAUUUUGGAACAAUGUAGCUGAGCUUUACAUGAUAUUUGGUGACAAUUAGGCAGUAUUUGCACGCUGAUCAGUUUCACAUGAAAGGUGUUCAAAAGUAUGCAUAACUAUGUCUCAUGAGUCUUAUAAACUAAAGUGAGUGCUCUUUCAUUGAUCCAAUAAAGAAAUUGGAAAAAGGAA